GAGAUGAGAAAGAUGGAAAGGUCCAAAUUGAAGAAGAAGACGGCAGUGAAAAAAGCGGUUUGGUUAUCCGGAAGAACGCGCAAUAAGCAUACCCAUCCACAUCCACCUUUUCUUCUGCUCCAUCGCAGGGAACACAAAACCCAAUCUCUAUUCUUUUUUAUACAUUAAAUUACUACAGAGGCCGAUGCAACCCACUUCCGCGGGCGGCGGCCUAUCCCGCUUCCGCUCAACUCCGGCGAGCUGGUUAGAAGCUGUUCUUCUUAAGGAGGGGGAAGAGGAAAGCGAAUGCGAAGCCGAAGCCCAAGACCCCUUAAGCUUUACUCAACUCCUCUCCACUAACACUGCUCCCUCUACCCUCUUUGCCUCCCAACACCAACGCUUCGUCGAUUACCCUCUUUCCGCUCCAGCUAAUCCAAUCGCACACCAGGAAAUUGAAGGUAGUGGUAAGGCACCUGACACUGACGUGAAAAUGGACAAGAUUUUAGAGGAUUCGGUACCUUGUAGAGUUCGGGCAAAGCGUGGAUGUGCUACGCAUCCAAGGAGUAUUGCUGAAAGGGUUCGGAGGACUCGUAUAAGUGACCGCAUAAGAAAGCUCCAAGAACUUGUGCCAAACAUGGAUAAGCAAACAAAUACUGCCGAUAUGUUAGACGAGGCGGUAGCUUAUGUCAAGUUUCUACAACAGCAAAUUGAGGAACUAUCAGAGGACCAGCGGAGGUGUAAGUGCAUGGUUCAAGAGUAAAUUGCUGAUUGUUCCUUACAAGGUGGUUGGCGGUUUACGAUUUAUUUGAAGAUUAAUCAGAUUUUUGGUGUUCUGAUGAAGAUGAAGCAUAAGCUGUGGUUGCUAAUUAUAAUUUUUAAACAUCCCAACAUACCUUAAGAGAUGCAUAUACAUGUUGAUGGUGGCAUUAUCAAGUUCGUGACGAAUCAACUUCAUAGAGAUUUACCGUCACGGUGUGGUAUUGUGGUGUAAUUGUAGCGUUGUAUACACAAAUCUGCACCCAUAGUAACUACUUGGACUUUUCUUUUAUUGAGAUAUACAUAUCCAUAUGUGGAAAUUUUUUUAAUCAACGGAUUGCGUCGAUCUGCCGCUACGUAGCUGAUAGAUUUUUGCAUUAAGGUAUGUUUGGGAGAAUUUUCAGAGGGGACGACAUAAUUUCUUCCAAAUAAUUUCUUAAUCUUAUUUGUAUAUUUAACGGGGUUUAAAAGCCCAAGAUGUUCCUAGGGCUCUAAUCCCUUUAGCAACUAGCCUCAAAUAAAGAAACAAAAGAAAAGAGAGAGAUCUAAACAAUCAACAAGUAGAGAGAUUAGCUUUUACACCCUUAGUAUUUUUAUUUGUUAUUUUAUUGUAUAUUAUUACCUUUUAUUUCCACGGCUACUUUAUUUACAUUAUGUUAUUUUAGAGUAUAAAGAUGUUCCUGCCAAGAAACGAAUAUUGAAAAACAAAAAAGAGUUUGUAAGUUUAGGAAGUGGAAGAACAAACGAGGAAGAGGAAUGAUUAAAUUGUUUG